AUGGCUCACCAAUCCGAUUCCACCUCCUACACUACUGUGUCCGAUUCCCCCAGCACGGAGUCCUGCAACCCUAACCGGGAGGAGAUUGGUGGUGACGCUGCAACAUCUUCUCAUGCAAGAAGACCAAAAGAAACGGUCUCCAGAAUCUCCUCAGCUAUCGCUCUGGACAAACCAUCCAAGGAAGGAUCGAGGUAUGUGCAUAAUGCCAUUGCUUCUAUUGUCACUAAGAUUCUGUCUGGUGAUCAGAAUGUUCCUGGGGUUUCCGUUCCCUUGAACACUAUCAUACCCGAUGAGGUUGCAUGUCGAGAAACCGCAGUCGUGGUAAAAGAGAAUGUGUCUGGAAUACCUGAAGAGGGCCCUAAGAACGAUAAACCUGUAAACAAGGUGAGAGGUGAGAAGGUCAAUGUCAGUCAAGGUGUUGAUGACAACUCUAGAGCUGAAACAGUUAACCUGGAAGAGUUCUCUGAUAAUGAACUUUUGGCUUCAGUCAUCCCUAGAAUAGCCAAGAGGGUUAGGACUAGGAGGAAGAAAAAGAUUGUGGUACAGAGGUCCCCAACCAAGGAGGUCGAUGAGACAACCCCUCCCAAGCAAGCAGUGACAGAGAGUGCACGCAAAAGAAAAGGGCAUGGACCUGUAAAAUCUUGGAGCAAAGAGGUGCCCAAGAAAAUAAAGACCAAGGCUGCUGUGGUGGAGUCUGACUCGGAUGUUCCUUGUGAUGUCACAACAUCCCUGUGGAAGUAUGUCUACCACAAGAGACUGGCCUUGGAAAGGGAAUUGGCUCAGAAUGCCUUGGAGUGUAAGGAGAUUGUGGACCUCAUUAAAGAGGCAGGGCUAAUGAGAACUGUGAAUCAGCUCCCAAAGUGCUAUGAGACCUUGGUGAAGGAGUUCAUUGUUAAUCUGUCUGAGGAGUAUGCAGAUGGGAAGUAUAGAGAAUUUAGAAAAGUCUAUGAGCAACCUCGAUUCCUCUCUGACAAUGAACCCCCGACAGCUUACCGGACCGCACUCUGA